AUGGCAUUUAGUGAGUCACAGUUGUGUGCUUUUAAAAUACAUUUAUGCGCAUCAGGUAGAGAAGAGCUGGAUGACGAAAAGGUUGCUAAUGUUCAUUUCCAAAUAGGGCCUAACGUAAGAUCUGAAAGGUCGAGGAUUAUGUCCAUCACAAGGAUGCCUGCAAGAGGCAGAACCUUAGCUGAGGAUGUGGUUGGGGCAGCAUCAGUCCAUGGGACAACAUGCCGUCUCCAAGCAUGA